AUGGUAUUUGUGCUUUUCAAAGCUCAUAUCAUGUGUUCAGAUUGAUCUUCACAGGAUCUUCACAAGAUCUCUACUUAAUGCUUCAGAGUUUACAAUUUUAUGGUUUAGGAUUCACACUCUUUUUCAAGCUUUUGUCAAUUGUAUUAAGAUGGGUCUUCAUAUGACUUGGGUUUUAAUCUCUUAGCCUUGGAGUUUAGGGUCUGUUCAAGGCCCAGUGCAAUCUAGGUUUUUUUUUCUUGACUUGUGAUUCUAUGAUUGUCUCUCUGAUUGAUCUUGAUUCUAUUUGUUAGGUACUACUGCUUGUUGGUUCCAUUGACCCUCCUUGUGCUGGUCGUUGCGAUGUAUUUCCAUUGGCUUAGCAUGAAGUUCUUGAAGCAUGCAUAA